CAGAUUGUUUGGUUAGAGAAAGUUUGCACUUAAAACCAAGUGUCGGUUCAACUUAUUCGCGGUGUUCGGUGCUGAUAAUCAACUUUAUAACCGGCUAACUGCGCUAGCUUGUGUCACAUAAUAGCGUUUGUAUUGAGAAGCAGCAGCACGUUUGUGAAUGAGGUUCUGUUUUCAUUCUUUCAGUCUCAAAGUUAUGGUUUAUUGUUGAUAUUUGAAAACAAAGCACGUUUCGAUUGAUGAAAUGAUUCUUUAAUGUCUUAUUUAGACUGUCAGUAAGUUUUAAGAGCGCUGAUUUCAAUGGUGACUCGGUAUUUUACGCGUAUGCACCUGUUUGUUUGCGUUUAUAUCAUUUAUAUUCUAUGACAUUCUAUAAAUAAUGCUUUAUUUAAAGAGUAGUAAUAGAAACACCUCUUCGUUCUUCAGUUGCGUAAUGGUUUCUUUGCGUUUAAACUAAAAUAAAGUUCGCCGAAACGUGAACGAUCACUUCCUGGUUCCAGGUGAGGCUCGCACAGGUGUAAACAGACAAAACAGGACUCAGUCUCACCCCAAAACAAGUCUUGAAAUGCUGGAUUGGGAUUUAUGAGGGAUUACAAGUUUUGAUUUAACCUCAAGACCAAGUGUAUGGACAUAAAUAUUUUAGGUCAGUCUGCACUGAAUCUUCAAGAUAAGGACAAUGCAUGAGAACGUACCGACAGUGUCUGCUUCCGAGCGGCAGCAGGUGCUCCAGGCCUUGGAAAGACUUCAGUCCAAGCUCGUGCAGAGGGAAGAGUGGACCCACAGCGACAGGCUCGGCACGCUGAAGGAAGCCCUGCAGAGCCCUCUGUUCGGCCACAUCCUCACCCUGCAGCACUCCGUCAAACAGCUUAAAGACCAGUUAAACAGCUUGCCUCCGGACACACGCACCGAGUUCAGUUUCUCCAGGAAGGGUCAGCUGAUCGUCAGUGCGAGUCGUCCGUCCAGCAGCCUGGGAUCCGUGGUGUCCAAUGGUACAGCUUCAACUAACGCUUCUUCUGAGCAGCUUCAGAGAUGGAUACAUGCAGCGGCAAAGGGAAGAAAGACAGAGCUCGUCAGCCUGAAGAAGCCGUUGUCUGGAGGUCUGGGUUUCAGUGUGGUCGGCCUAAGACCAGAGGGGGUCGGCAGUCACGGUGUGUUCGUCAGACAGGUGCAACCAGGGAGUGUCGCAGACAGGGAUGGAAGAUUGCAGGAGAACGAUCAGAUUUUGGCGAUUAACGGGAUUCCUUUGGAUCAGAGCGUGACGCAGCAGCAGGCCAUCGCUCUUCUCCAGCAACAGAGAGACCGAGUGGAGCUGGUGGUGGCCAGAGACACUGCGGCCAAACCCCGGCUCUCCACAUCUGGACCCAUUCAGACGGAUCAGUGGGGACACGUGGAGGAGAUCGAGCUGGUGAAUGAUGGAUCUGGCCUGGGAUUUGGGAUUGUCGGAGGCAAGGCAACAGGAAUGGUGGUCAGGACCGUGGUGCCAGGCAGUGUGGCUGAUAAGGACGGGAGGCUAAGAACAGGUGACCACAUCCUGCGGAUCGGUGAGACAUCCACUCGAGGUCUGGCCAGUGACCAGGUGGUGCAGGUGCUGCAGGCCUGCGGUACCCAUGUGAGGAUGCUGAUCGCACGAGACCCUCUGGUGGCGCCCCAGCCUCCGCCUCCACCUCCACCUGCCCCCGCCACGGCUCCCGUCACCUCUCUGCCACCUCAACCUCCUGUGCCAUCACGCAGGGGCAGCAAAACGCCAAAUUUGGAGGGCUACGAAAUCCAUGAAGUUGCGUUAAAAAAGAAGGAAGGCCAGAGCCUCGGGGUCACCAUAAUCGGACACAACGCUUUGACCACUAAGGAUGCGGUGGGGAUCUUUGUGAAGAGCGUGGUUCCAGGCAGCGCCGCUGAGCAAAGCGGGAAAAUCCUUGUCCACGACAGGAUAAUAGCAUUGGAUGGCGUGAACCUCCAGGGAUUCACCAACCAGGAAGUCCUAGAGGUAAUGAAGCGGACGGGUGAUAUCGUACACCUUACCCUCAUUAGGAAGAUCAACUCGCCCAAGAGGACAGCUGUAGAGAAAUCACUAGAUAAAGUCCAGAGAGAGUCGUCGCGUGUGUCUCUGAAGAGAUCGUCUGAGAUCAAGGCGCGGGCGGAUGUUCAGAGGGGUUCUGUGGUGGAGUCUAUGGACCCUGCUCUGAGUGGGAUCAAACAACAGCUGCAGGGGAAAAUGCAAGACCCGGGCCCACUGACGGAGAUGGAGCUUCGUGCUAAAUGGGAGCAGGCUCUCGGUCCACAUUACGAUGUUAUGGUUGUACAGCUUGACCCUGUCAUAGAUGAUGAUCUUGAGCUGCAGAAGUACUCUAAGCUUCUCCCAAUACACACAAUGCGCUUGGGCGUGGAACUAGACUCUUUUGAUGGGCAUCACUACAUUUCCACAGUGGCUCCUGAUGGUCCAGUGGCAAAACAUGGGCUGCUUCGACCAGAGGAUGAACUUCUGGAGGUGAAUGGCGUGCAGUUGUAUGGGAAAUCCAGACGAGAGGCUGUUGCGUUCCUUCGAGAGGUUCCUCCUCCCUUUACUUUGGUUUGCUGCAGACGCCUCGCUGAAGAGGGCAACGAAUACCACCCUGAAUCUGAAGAGUGGCACUCAUCCAGCCCCUCAGCCAGCCUACAGGAGCAGAUUGAGAAUAACCUAUCCAUGUUUGCCAAAGAUAUAAGUCUACGCAACAGCAUGAGGGAAGAGUUUCAGGCCCGUCAGGUCACAGCAGUGGAGCGGGAGGUUAAAGAUGCAGAAGAGCCCCUAGAGCCAAGCAGCCCUGAGACAGAGCAGAUGGAUGAGGAGAAGGAUGACAAAGAAGAAGAAGAGGAGGAGGAUGAAGUGGAAUUGGCUCUAUGGUCUCCGAAUGUGCAGGUGCUAGAACUAGAGAAAGGAGAACGAGGUCUCGGUUUCAGCAUACUAGACUACCAGGACCCUCUGGAUGUUGCAUGUUCUGUGAUAGUCAUCCGCUCUGUGGUGCCUGGAGGGGUGGCGGACAAUCACGGCGGGCUCCUCCCGGGUGACCAGCUGGUUUUCGUCAAUGACACUCAACUAGACACAUGCUCUCUGGCCCAGGCCGUAGAGGUCCUCAAAUCUGCUUCACCUGGGAGAGUCUAUCUUGGAAUCAGGAAACCGCUGGUGCCAGAGGACAGAGGUAGUGGGCAGCAGUCCUCUUGGCUUGUAGAGGGCACUGAUGAGCAACCACCGGCAAAGCAGGACAUCACUCUCUCAUCUAUGCAAGAGGAUUAUGUAAAUACGAACAUUUUAACAGGCUUAAUAGACUGAGAGCCAGAGCUUAUCCUGGACGCUGAGCCCCGCUACGUCUCUCCCCUCACCACCGUUGACCUCCUGCCCAGCCUGGAGCGAGAGAUGGCUGUAGAUGAAGAUGAUGAAGAGCAGGAGAUGGACACCAUAAAUAAUCAAGAGAGCCCCAAGGUCGACAGUCUGCCUUCAUACUUCAGUGAGAAGUCUCGCUCCUGGGAAGAACCAACACCAUAUAUCAGUUCCAACAGCCUCUAUCAGUUCACCACUCAACCUAAGACACAAGAACAGUUCACAGAGGAGGACAGUGAGCUUUGCACAAGCAUCGAGAAGAUUCAGCUGCAGCUCCCGCAAAUUUCCCUCAGUCAGUCGGCCACAUGGAUAGAGGCAGCAGACAGCGAGACAGACUCUGACUCCAGAAACGAAGGCUCAGAACUUACUUUGACUGACACAGACACUGAAUCUGCACAGCGCACUUCCUCUCGUAGCAGGAAGAGAAGAAACCAGGGGGCAGCCAGUUCAAUCAGAGAAGGCAAUAGUGAUCUGCCUGAAAGAGAGGAGGGAGAAGGUGAGGAGACGCCUGCGAACAGUCACUGGGGUCCCCCACGCAGGGUGGAGGUGUGGCCAGAGCCGCAGGAGUCUCUGGGUAUCAGCAUAGUGGGCGGCCGCACAGUUAUAAAGAGGCUGAAGAACGGAGAGGAACUGAAGGGCAUUUUCAUCAAACAGGUGCUGCCAGACAGCCCAGCUGGACGCACGGGUGCCCUUAAAACAGGAGACAAGAUCUUACAGGUUUGUGGAGUGGAUUUGCAGAACGCCAGCCAUGAGGAGGCAGUACAGGCUAUCAAAGCAGCGCCCAGUCCCGUAGUCUUCGUCGUGCAGAGCCUGUCCUCCACUCCACGGCCUGUUUCAGUGACGGCCUCCAGCAUUAGACAGCACAAAGCUAAGAGGAAAGCCGCCCAGAAAGCAGGACAGACUGGUGGCCCUCCACCCAUGCGCCUCCCCCCACCUUACAGACCCCCCAGCCAAGUGCAGGAGGAGGAGCAACAGGAGAAAGAGAGGGAGGAUGAGGAGCACGCUGAAGAGGUGAUAAGGCAGAGGUACGCGGACCUGCCAGGAGACCUGCUGAUCGUGGAACUGGAGAAAGACCGGAAUGGCUUGGGACUCAGUCUGGCCGGGAACAGGGAUCGCUCCUGCAUGAGCAUCUUCGUGGUGGGGAUCACCGCUGGAGGGCCGGGCAGCAGAGACGGACGCAUCAAAGUGGGCGAUGAGCUGUUGGAGAUAAACAACCAGGUGUUGUAUGGCAGAAGCCACCAGAACGCAUCGGCCAUAAUAAAAAGCGCCGCAUCGAAGGUCAAACUCGUCCUAGUCCGGAAUGAAGAUGCUAUCAAUCAAAUGGCUGUCGCUCCUUUUCCUUCCCAGCCUUCCUCGUUCUUCUCCAGUGAGACACAUCAAAAUACGCCAGCAGUUCCAGCUCCAGCCGAGAAGCCACAGUUACCCGAGAGCCUCCCUCUGAGCAGAAACUCACCUGAGCCGCCGAUAAUCAAGGAUCAGCCCAGCGUGGGGCGGCCCAUGAGCUCCACGCAGACAGAUCAGACGCAGAAGACUUUCAGAGAUGGAGAGUCAGCAUUGAAGAAGCUGAAAUCCUCAGAGAAGAUAUUGGAGUCUCCAAGCGAACAGUCACCCAAGCCUCUUGUGGAGCAGAUCACCAGUUUUCCAAAAAUCCAGAGGAGUUCCACCAGGCCCUCAGCCAGUUCCCUGGAGGUCAUGUCCUCGGGAUCGUCCGUGCCAGUCUCCGGCACCAGCCCUGACUUCGAGUACUGCAGCAAAGGUUUUUCUUUUUGUACUGUGUUUCCAGGACAAGAGACGGUUAUUGAGAUCUCUAAAGGCCGGUCUGGACUGGGUCUCAGUAUAGUCGGCGGCAAAGAUACGCAGCUGGAUGCCAUAGUGAUUCAUGAAGUGUAUGAGGAGGGGGCGGCAGCACGGGACGGUCGUCUCUGGGCCGGAGAUCAGAUUCUCGAGGUGAAUGGAGUAGAUCUGCGGAGCGUGGCUCAUGAAGAUGCAAUAGCUGCUCUACGGCAAACACCGGCCAAAGUGCGGUUGAUGGUCCUGCGUGACGAGGCGCAGUACAGGGAUGAGGAGAACCUCGACAUGUUCCGUGUUGAACUUCAGAAGAGAACCGGACGCGGGCUGGGCCUGAGCAUCGUUGGGAAGAGAAAUGGUAAGGGUGUGUUCAUCUCGGAUGUGGUGAAGGGCGGAGCGGCUGAUCUGGAUGGCAGACUGAUGCAGGGUGAUCAGAUCCUGUCUGUGGAUGGAGAGGACAUGAGACAGGCCUCACAGGAGACCGUCGCUGCCAUUCUCAAGUGCGCCAGGGGCAAGGUGCUGUUGGAACUGGGCCGACUGAAGGCUGCCUCCUGGAUCUCUUCCAGACGCACCUCACAGGGAAGUCAGAUGAGCCACGUGAGCGCCAACAGCAGCACCCCAACCCCCACGCCCCCUGCCGUUGUUCUGCCCCCCUCUCAAACCCUCAACAACAACAGCCAAAACAUCACCGAGCCCAACAGCAAAAGCACAGGGACAGAGGCAGGUGUUCGGACAGUGGAGAUCACGCGGGGUCCCAACGAUGCUUUGGGUGUCAGUAUAGCGGGUGGUAAGGGCAGUCCACUGGGCGACAUCCCCAUCUUCAUCGCCAUGAUCCAGGCCAACGGUGUGGCUGCCAGGACACAUCGCCUCAAAGUAGGUGACAGGAUUGUGAGCAUCAACUCUCAGUCUCUGGAUGGCUUGACUCAUGGGGACGUCGUAAAUAUGCUGAAGAAUGCUUACGGCACCAUCGUCCUCCAGGUGGUUGCCGACACCAACAUCAGUGCCAUAGCCAGUCAGGUGGAGAGUCUGUCCAGUAGCUCCACCCCCAGCACCAAUCCAGAGGUCCGGCCGGUGGAACCAGAGACACCCAAGCCAAAGACCAUCACUCUGGAGAAGGGCUCAGAGGGGCUGGGCUUCAGCAUCGUGGGCGGCUUUGGGAGUCCACAUGGAGAUCUUCCCAUCUACGUCAAAACAGUCUUCAGCAAGGGGGCAGCAGCGGUAGAUGGGCGUCUGAAGCGUGGCGACCAGCUGCUGACGGUCAAUGGAGAGAGUCUGGAGGGCGUCACACACGAGCAGGCCGUGGCCAUACUGAAGAAGCAGCGGGGAAGCGUCACGCUGUCCGUCCUCUCCUAACAAACACACUAAGGACUACAUCCACUGAAACACACACAUUCCAUUCACAUGUCUUAAGAGACUCUUUGCAUCAGCAGCGGCUGUUAUUCAGCCAACUUACUUCCUUAUUUGCACUCGAUCGUUUAAACUUCACCCUGUUACUGUUUGUGCACCUGGUAUCGAAAUCAAUGAGAAAUACUCAUAAAGGGAAAUGUUUGUGUCGUCUUUGUUUUAAUCACGGAUAUGUAGCCUUCCCACUGGUGAUGGUGAGUUUGUGAAUUAUGGGGCAAUAUUAAAGAAGGUUAUUUUGAUGAAAUGAGUGCUGGUAACUCAAGACCAGGAGGAAAAAUUAAAGUAGCAGAAGCACGACACAAACACACGCAAUUUGUUUGUAAUUAUCCUUUCAGUCCAUAUACAAUAACUUCUAAUGUGGUCGUCCUGAUCAUUUUUUCAAUUAAAACGCACAAGUACACAACCUACUGGGAAACCCGCCCUAUUUUUAAGGAAUCAGUUGAGUUGUAUGUUGUGUGUAGAUGAAUUCAUGGACGAGCGUUAAUAAUAAGGGAAGACAGAUGUGCCUUGGAACGGGCAGAUCAGAUUGUACUGGGAUGUUUUGUAUAGCUAGUAUUACAUAUUAGGAUCAUUUCAAUCAGGUUUUUUACGUUGCAGGGUAGCUUUGUGAAUACUUAAAGAAAUAGUUCGCAAGAAGAUGGAAAACUUCCCUGAUGUUGCUUCAAAUCUGUAUUACUCUUUCUUCUGUGGAGCUAAAAAUAAGAUAUUUUGCAGAAUGUUAAUGCUGCUCUCUUCCUUACAAUGAAAGUGGGUGGAUUCUGGAGUUUUUGUGAAAGUUGUGCGCCACAUUUCACGACUAUUAAGGUUGUAUGAUAGUUUUGUGUGAGGAAUAUUUUAAAGUGUUUUUCACUUAAAAUUUCAGGCAAUUUUUCAUACACAGCUAUAUUUUAUAAGUAGUUUUCACUUCAAAUUUAUCUCUGAAAUUAAAAUUUCAUUUAGUUAUUUUAAAAGAGCUAGUAUUUGGCUUCAAGUCUUAAAAAUAGCACACAAGAUGUGUUUUUUUUGUUUUGCAUUUUUUUUGAGUGCAACCGCCCAGUCCCCAUUCACUUUCAUUGUAUGGAAAAGUAUCAAAAUAUCUCCUUUUAGGUUCCACAGAAGAAAUUAAGUCAUAUGAGUUUGGAACGACAUAAAUGAUGACAAUGACAUUUUUGGGAGAACUAUUCCACUCUAUUAUUUUGUUACGGUGUAUUGAGAUUCACAGAAAUGCAUAACAUAGUUGUUUUUUUUUUUACAUUUUUGUAAUUCCAUUUGUAAUUCAAUUGCACACGUCUAUCAUUUUAGUGUAAAUAUGUAAUUUAUUUCCUUUUUUAGGGCUUUUUUGCAUUGCUUUUGUCUUUAUGGAGAUGUCUCGCACAUUCUAGUUUGACACUGUGUGUGUCUGUAUGUCACAAUAUGAGGAUAUCCUGUGUCAGUCUCUCUCCUAGAGGAAGUGUAGCAGGCUCUUCAGAGACUUUCGGUUGUAGACAGCACGUGGAAGCCUCGUCUAGACCGUCUCUUCCACUAGGAUUUCGUAAGCACAUCAUAUGAUGCCUCUUGAAUUUUUGUGCCAUGUGGACAGUAUGUUCUGAACUGUUCAGCGCUAUGUCCCUUUAAAAAGAUUGCCUGUAUCUGCUAUGCCUGUCUUCCCCUUUCUCCUUAAAGAAAUGCAAUGCCUCAGUCUGCUACCUUCUGCUAGAUCUUUACAUUUGGGCUGUGAACCACAAAAACCGGCUUCCACUCAGAUGACUCGAGUAGUAACACCUUUAUAUCUGCCAUUUUUCUGUCAGUGUCCAAAGAAACCAUUUAGCUAAAUUCAUACAUUAGAUACAGAUCUAAUCCUGAGAUAAGGCUGAUUUAUGAACAUCUGCAAAACAAACAAGUGGUCAUUAUGGUCUGUUACUUUAUUUUGGAAAAGUAGAAUUUAUCUGAAGUGUCAGAAAAUAAAGUUAUUUUCAUUUUAAGCAUCUUUUGACUUCGAAAUUCUUAAUGGUUUUAUUUUAAGCAUUAUUUAAACAAAAAACAUACACACCAGCCAUUUCUGUGAUGGUUUUACAUGCACUACCAUUUAAAAGAUUAGCAAUGGUAACAUUUGUUUUAACAAUAAAAUAUUUUACUAAAAUAUUAAGCAGCACAACUGUUUUCAACAUUGAAAAUAAUUGUUUCUUGGACAGCAAAUCAGAACAUAUGACACUGAAGAUUGUAAUAAAGACUGCGUAAAACUUAGCUUUGCAUCACAGGAAAAAAAUUACAUUUAAAAUGCAUAUUAAAAUAGCAUUAUAAUGUAUGCAACCUACAAAAACAUUUAAAAAUCCUACCAAACCAAGAUUUUUGAAUGGUAGCAUAUAUGAUUUUAUUAAUAUUAGGGCCUAUUAUUGAAUUUUUUUUAAAUAUUAUUUAAAGAGGUCUGCACAACAAGUGAUAUACUGAAUGUCUGAUAUUAUAUUAAAAUGUUUUUU